GAAAAAAAAAAAAAAAAGGCCUUCUAAGACUUGCUAGAAAAGGCUCCAUGAGAGCAGGUCAAGGUGACCAUGCAUAUCUUAAAGAAUGGUUGUGGUGGGCUGGAUUGCUGUCAAUGGGAGCUGGUGAGGUGGCCAACUUUGCUGCAUAUGCAUUUGCACCAGCCACGCUAGUGACUCCACUAGGGGCUCUCAGUGUCCUUGUAAGUGCCAUUCUUUCUUCGUACUUUCUAAAUGAAAGGCUUAAUCUUCAUGGAAAAAUUGGGUGUUUGCUAAGUAUUCUAGGAUCUACAGUUAUGGUCAUCCAUGCUCCAAAGGAGGAAGAGAUUGAGACCCUAAAUGAAAUGUCACAUAAGUUAGGUGAUCCAGGUUUUGUGGUCUUUGCAACACUUGUGGUCAUUGUAUCCUUAAUAUUAAUCUUUGUGGUGGGACCUCGCCAUGGACAGUCGAACAUUCUUGUAUACAUAACAAUCUGCUCUGCGAUUGGAGCAUUUUCAGUCUCCUGUGUGAAGGGCUUGGGCAUCGCCAUCAAAGAGCUGUUGGUUGGAAAGCCUGUGCUGAAGCAUCCCCUGGCUUGGCUUCUGCUGCUGAGCCUCGUGGUCUGCGUGAGAACACAAAUUAAUUACCUAAAACGAGCUCUGGAUAUAUUCAACACUUCCAUUGUGACUCCAAUAUAUUAUGUGUUCUUUACAACUUCAGUUUUAACUUGUUCAUCUAUUCUUUUUAAGGAGUGGCAAGAUAUGCCUAUUGAUGAUGUCACUGGGACUCUGAGUGGCUUCUUCACAAUUAUUGUGGGGAUAUUGUUGCAUGCCUUUAAAGACGUCAGCUUUAGUCUAGCCAGUUUUCCUGUGUCUUUUCGAAAAGAUGACAAAACAAUGAAUGGCAAUCUUUCUAGUAUGUAUGAAGUUCUUAAUAAUAAUGAAGAAAGCUUACCAUGUGGAAUUGAACAGCACACUGGUGAAAAUAUCUCCCGUAGGAAUGGAAAUCUGACAGCUUUUUAAGAAGGAUAUGUUGGAAGGCUAAUCUGUAUUUCUGUUAGAAAAUGAUUUAGAGUAUCAGAAUGUAUUUGGAAAAAAACAUGGUCCUCAAAUAAUGUUCUCUAAAGACAAUCUUUUUUAAGCUUUCACUAAUUUGGAUCAAGAAAUUACUUUUCUUAUAUUAAGCAAUGGUAGCUCACUAAAGUGACCUCAAUACAAUGGCUGAUUUCCAUUAACAUUGAAUUGUAAAGGUA